AUGCCGGCCAUGUCCAAGAUCUCGGCUUUUGCCACGGGGGCGGCUGCGGUUACCGCAGCAACCGCCUUCGUCGGAGUGCCACAGCCGGCCGGGCAGCAGACACUCCGCGGCACUUCGCAUGGCACGUCGGGCGUGCAGCAGAGGUCUGCUGGAGCCGGUGCUGCGGGCAUCGGCCUUGGCCUGGGCGCCGUGGGCUUGGCUGCUUCCCUCUUGCGCCCAGCUUCGUCGGCCGCCCGCGGCGGCGUCGUGCGCUGCGCCUAUGAUGCCUCCUCAGAGAUUGGCGCGUGUGACCCCCUGCUGUUCUGGGACCCCAUCGGCUACUGCACGGAGGGCUGCACCAAGGAGGACUUCGACCGCCGCCGAGCAGUGGAGCUGAAGCACGGAAGGCUCUGUAUGGUCGCCACGAUUGGUAUGGUCUGGCCGGACAUCUUUGGCAAGUUCGAUGGCUACUUGUCCCCAUCGCAGAACUUGAAGUUCGCAGACGUUCCUUCGGGAAUUGCGGCAGUCAGCAAGGUUCCUCUCGAGGGCUGGCUUCAGAUCCUGCUGGUGGCGGGCCUCAUUGAGACGCAGCUCUUCAAGGAUCAGUCCUUCGGGGGCUUUGCCUACGGCAAGUAUGGGGCCGAGCCGGGCAACUUUGGCACGGGCUACUGGGGAAGGAAGAUCCAGGAUCCUGCUGAGCGCAGGCUCAAGCUGACCACCGAGCUGAACAACGGGCGCCUGGCGAUGAUCGCGAUGGCGGGCAUGCUCAUCCAGAACGGCCUCACAGGGCAGUCCCCGAUCGAGCAGCUGCAGGCUGGCCACUACUCGCCCUUCAACGAUGGCCAGGGCUUCUUCGCCUUCGACCCUUCCCAGGAGCUUGGUGCCUGCCCUCCUCUUGGGUACUGGGACCCUUUUGGCAUGAUGGCUUUCCAGGACGAGGAGAAGUUCCGCCGCAACCGUGAGCUGGAGCUCAAGCACGGAAGGAUCUGCAUGGCCGCCACCAUCGGCAUGAUCGUGCCUGACCUCUUUGGCCGCUUCGGUGGCUACCUCUCGCCCAGCGCGGGCAUCAAGUUCUCCGACAUCCCUUGCACCAUUGAGGCCAUCUACAAGGUCCCUACCUUCGGCUGGUUGCAGAUCUUUGCACUUGCAGGAGCCAUUGAGGCCAAGAACCAGGCAUUCCCAGAGAACUAUGGCUACCCUCCCUUCUGGGGCAAGAUCAACACACUUGAGCCCGAGGAGAAGCAGAAGAAGCUGCUGGCCGAAAUCAACAACGGCCGCCUGGCCAUGGUGGCCAUGGCCGCCAUGGUGGCGCAGAACGGCGCCACUGGCCAGUCCCUUGUCGAGCAGUUCACUACCGGCAACCUGAACCCCUUCGUCGGCGGCUACGCGCAGCAAGAGGCGGGGGACCGACUGGCCUUGCGAGCGGAGUUCGGCUCCGGCGCGGGCAAGUCGACGGCCCUUCCCUGGGACCCCAUUCCGGAGGGCCUCACCAAUGACAUCUUCAACCAGACGUACGUUGGUGACGUGGGCUUCGACCCUGCAGGCUUCGCAAAGAACCAGCGCCUUCUGCCUUGGUACCGUGAGGCCGAGCUUGCACAUGGCCGCGUCUGCAUGCUCGCCGUGCUCGGCUACACCGUGCAGACGGCCGGCGCCAAGUUCGAGCCCUUCAUCACCCGCUACCCCACGGACUCCGCCGACCCUUUGAAGGCCGCCACGCAGGUGCCCAUCAUCGGAUGGCUUCAGAUCAUUGUGGUGAUCGCCCUCUCGGAGCUCUGGCGCUACGAGAACGUGAUCAGCAAGUACGACCAGGGAGUCCAGCCAGGAGACCUCGGCUGGAACCCGACGGCCCCCGUGGGCAGCCCGCGCCCCAAGUGGUUUGGCCCCACCUUCACCGCCGCAUACCAGCCGGAGGAGUGGAACAACAUGAAGCUGCGUGAGAUCAAGCACUGCCGCCUCGCCAUGGUGGGCUUCUUCUUCAUGGUGCUCCGAAAUGCGUCCACUGGUGAGGGACCCUCCCUGCUCCCCAACCUGGCGGCGGCGGAGUUCCAGUCCUCCGUCGGUGACUUCAUCCCCAGGGACAUUUGA